ACUUCUUUCCUUGACAAUGCAAGUUGUAACAAAUCGUUUGUGUUUAUAUGUCCGCGUUUUAGCCUUUAGCUAAAGUGUAUUUUCCGCGCAUCUUUCUUGCGCACACUUCAUCGGAAGUACUUCGUGUCAAAAAAAAAAAAACUAUGGCACUGUCAAGUGGUCCAUCUUUUGUGGUCUCGGCCACCCUGACCAUAUCCAUAUUUGCUGGAAUGCAGAUGUUCAAACAUCAGCUGGCUUCGACGGAAUACCUAACCGUGCUUGGUGGCUUCAUCGGUUCGCUGUUUUUCAUCAUGCUUCUGACUGCAGUUGGAAAUAUAGAAACCAUCAUUUUCGGAAAAGGAUUUCACACAAAGCUGGUUCCAGAAGUGAUUGGUUGUCUGCUGAUAUCAAUGUUUUCUGCUGGUUUAAUACACCGAGUAUGUGUCACAACCUGUUUGAUUUUCUCAUUGGUUGCACUGUAUUACGUCAACAAGAUAUCGCAGUCCGUUUACGCCUUUGCCGUGCCAACGACCGCCACGCCAGCCAAGAAGAAGAGGUGAACAUUCGUCAUGAAAAUAGCAUCAUAAACAAUUAUUCAUGUGCCCACAUGUACACAUACAUUUAAUAAAUGGUUUAGUUUUA